AUGGAAGACCUCAACACCAUAGCAGCAGAUUGCCUUGUGAUAUCUUGUUGCUGUCAGUGUUUGAUCCUGCAAAUCCUUAUCAUCAUCUUGCUUAAACUACCAUACAAACUCUUCCGAAAGGCGAUAAGUUACACGAAGAAGAAGCUGAGGAACAGGAGGAAGAGAGGAGGGAAGAUUAAUCUACAUACAAAAAGGAAAAGAAGAUUGAUCCAUGACAACAACAGCCCUUUUAGAACUGCUCAUGAUCAGGAAAUUGCUUCCUCCUCAAAUGAUGAUCAUGAUGAGUGCCAACAAUUUGAGAGUUGCAUGGAUGAAAUUGAGAAGGUUUUGGAGGAUUUUUGCCUUAGGGGUGAAUUUGGGUUUGGAAGAUUCUUGGGUGGUGGAGAUGAGGAAGGCUCCUGUGUUGGGAGCUUUCCAACAUGUUUAGGAAAUGGAGUGAUUAAUCAUCAAGAACUUGACUAUGAUGUUGUUAGUUAUCAUUUGAUUCAAAUGUUUGGAUCUUGCAAUGUCACAGAUCAGUCUUUGAUCCAUUGA